AUGACCGGCGGCGUGUACGGCUCCGCAAGAGGAACCCGCAAUUCGCGGCGAGAUCGGAACAGAAACGGCGAGGAGGAGAACAGCAAAGGCAGCCAUGGCAGUAACGGCAGCCAGCAAUCCUCCGGCGCCGAGGGAUCGCCGAGUGGAGGAGACGCGCCUGGGUCAACAGCGUGGGCGAUAGACUUCUCAGAGGUCGAGUUGGGCGAGUUGAUAGCUACAGGAUCGUUCGGCGUGGUGCAUUCGGGCACGUACAGAGGCUCGCGCGUCGCGAUAAAGUUUCUGCUCUUCCCUGAAGCUUCUAGCGAGGAUGAGUUGAUUCGCGCAAAGCGGGGGUUCCGGCAAGAGGUGUCCGUGUGGCAUAAACUCAACCACCCCAACGUCGUCCAGUUCCUAGGAGCGUACAUCAACCCGCCCAAGUGGGCCAUAGUCACAGAGUUCCUAGACGGAGGCACAGUCAAGGGCUUCCUCUCGCGCUUGGGCAAGCGCCGCCUCUCGCUCAAGCAGAUAGCAGCCAUGGCUCUGGACGUGGCGCGAGGCAUGCAGUACCUGCACUCCAACAACAUCAUUCACAGGGACCUCAAGUCCGCGAAUCUGCUGCUGGACUCGUCUGGGCUGGUCAAAGUGGCGGACUUUGGACUGGCGAGGACAGAGGCACAGGAGCCAGGCAACAUGACUGCUGAGACAGGCACGAUUAGAUGGAUGGCGCCAGAGAUGAUCGACCACAAGCCGUACACGCGCAAAGUCGAUGUCUACAGCUACGGCAUCGUGCUCUGGGAGAUCUGCACGGCCCAGUGGCCCUUUGAGGGCCUCUCCUUCGUGCAACUGGCGCAUGCCAUUGUGGCUGAUAACCUCCGUCCGCCCACAAAGGACUGCCCGAGUCAGAUCACGAAGCUCGUCACGCGCUGCUGGGACAGAGACCCAGAGAAGCGGCCAGACUUUGACGAGAUUGUUGCUUAUUUGGAGAGAAUCGGGGACGGGAGGAGCCGCAACAAGGUUGACGACAUGAUCGUGCCUGUUCCCGGACCAAACUCCAGCAGCAAACCCCCUAUUGGCCCGGGAGGGAAGCCGACAAAUGGCGCGCCGCCACCUGGCACUGCAACAGGCGGGGAAGGGGGAGGGGGAGGAGGAGGAAGCGGGGCGGGGAACGACAACUCACAGGACGGGGUAGCGUCACGACAUGGGCCGAGGGAGGAGCCUCAGAUGGACAGUGGGUGGAAGAGAAUUCAAGUGGAGCCAAAGAAAGAGGCGAGUGGGUGUGGAUGUGCCAUCUUGUAG